UGUGGUGCCACAGGCCAUAGAGUAGGAUUACUUACACAGGCUCCACAAAAAAGUCACACUGCUGCGUGGCUGCCUGUAACUGUGCAUAUUAAUUAAUUAUUUUAGAUACUACGCAACCUAGGCAGUUAAAAUGUUCUCAAACAAAGUUGUACUUAUCACCGGCGCAAGUUCUGGGAUUGGAGCGGAAACGGCCAAAGAAUUUUCAAAAUUAGGAGCAAAUAUUGUGAUAACAGGAAGAAAUAAAGAUAAACUUAACAACGUUGUUAAACAAUGUGAAGAACUUUCACCCAAUAAACUGAAACCGUUGCUUAUUAUUGCUGACAUGAAUAAAGAAGAUGACGUUGAAAAUAUAAUAAAAACAACUAUUGAUCAAUUUAAUAAGAUAGAUGUUUUAGUAAACAACGCAGGUAUUCUGGAAUCUGGAACAAUAGAGACGACUUCCCUUGAACAGUAUGAUAGAGUUAUGGGCACUAAUGUACGGAGUCCAUACCAUUUGACUAUGUUGGCUGCACCGCAUCUUGUUAAGAGCAGAGGAAAUAUAGUAAACGUCUCAAGUGUAACUGGAAUGAGAUCUUUUCCAAAUGUACUUGCCUAUUGUAUGUCUAAAGCGGCGUUAGAUCAGUUUACCAGAUGUGUCGCUUUAGAACUAGCUCCAAAGGGUGUCCGUGUUAAUGCUGUUAAUCCUGGUGUUAUAUCUACUGGCUUACAUAAAAAAGGGGGAAUGGAUGAUGAACAAUAUGAAGCAUUUUUGAAGAAGUGUGCAGAUACCCAUGCUCUUGGUAGACCAGGCGAAUCAAAGGAAGUCUCAUCAGUCAUUGUAUUUUUAGCUAGUGAAGGUGCCAGCAAUAUCACUGGAGCUACAUUACCAGUAGAUGGUGGCCGACAUGCAAUGUGUCCUCGUUAAAGCCUUCUGUUUUAAAAAAUGCAUUGCAAAAUGAAUGCAAUAUUAUCUCAAUAUAAACUGCUUUUGAUAAUA